UCUCCAUGUUACUGCAGUAUCCAUUUUCUUUUUAUCAACGUGUAAAUACCACGCGAGAGGAAAACUUAUUAUUGCAAUCCUAAAGCCACAAUUUAUUACAUAAUACAUAUUUAAGUAUGGCAGCACAAUUUUUCAAUCGAUUGGGUCAGCUAGGUCUAGGUAUAGCUCUUACAGGCGGUGUUGUCAAUUCUGCAUUGUAUAAUGUUGAUGGUGGUCAUAGAGCAGUUAUAUUUGAUAGAUUUGCGGGUAUAAAAAACACUGUAAUGGGAGAAGGAACACAUUUUUUCAUUCCUUGGGUGCAGAAACCAAUUAUUUUUGAUAUUCGUUCACGACCGAGAAAUGUUCCUGUUAUUACUGGAAGCAAGGAUUUGCAGAAUGUAAAUAUCACACUCCGUAUUCUCUUUAGACCUGUACCCGACUCACUACCUAAAAUAUAUACAAUCCUUGGUGUGGAUUAUGAUGAAAGAGUACUGCCAUCUAUUACUACUGAAGUAUUAAAAGCUGUUGUCGCACAAUUUGAUGCUGGUGAAUUAAUUACGCAAAGAGAAAUUGUGUCUCAAAAGGUCAGCGAAGAUUUAACUGACAGAGCUGCACAGUUUGGUCUUAUUCUAGAUGACAUCUCUAUUACACAUUUAACAUUUGGUAAAGAAUUUACCCAGGCAGUAGAAUUGAAACAAGUAGCACAACAGGAUGCGGAAAAAGCUCGUUUUUUGGUAGAAAAGGCUGAACAGCAAAAGAAAGCGGCUGUUAUUAGUGCUGAGGGUGAUGCGGUAGCUGCAAACUUAUUAGCAAAAUCUUUAGCUGAAGCAGGAGACGGUCUGGUUGAAUUGAGGAAAAUUGAAGCUGCAGAAGACAUCGCGUAUAAUUUAUCUAAAUCUCGUCAAGUGGCAUAUUUACCAUCAGGUUUAACCGCUCUACUUAAUUUACCGCAAUAAAAUAAACAAACUGGUACACAGUGUGUGUCUAUAAAUUAUGCAUUUAUAUCAUGAAGUUUGAUGCUGUAAUAGAAUGUAAAAAAUAUAGCAUACAUGGGUGGAAACCAAAAGUGUGUAUAGCAAAGAAUAUAUAGUAUUUCAUAACUUUUAUGUUUUGGUUCAUGAAUUUA